AUGGAAGAGGAAAUCAGACUUAACGAUUCGAAGCUUGGGACCAAACAAUACUGGAAUGAGUUCUACCAGAAGGAGAUUGAAAAUUUCGAUGAGAACGACCAGGACACUGGCGAAAACUGGUUCGAUGACUCAGAUGCUGAAAGAAGAGUCAUUGAUUUCUUUAUAAACAUGGUGGAAGAGGAUCAGUUUGAUUCCGACGAAUUGAACAUCCUAGACUUGGGUACUGGAAACGGUCAUUUCCUAUUCGAACUCAACCAAGAGAUUGAGGAGCAGGAUAUCGCUGUGAAGCUUCUCAAUAAUGGUAUAGAUUAUUCGCCCGAGUCUGUGGAGUUUGCCAAAAAGGUAGCCCUGAAGAGAUUUUCAAACCAGUCGUAUACUUUUGAGGAAGUUGACUUCAUUAGAAAACAGUGCCAGUACUUGGACGACAAUAAGGAAAAGUUCGACGUGAUUUUUGACAAGGGUACUCUUGAUGCCAUUGCUCUUAAUAACGAUCCUGUUGAUGGCUUUGAUGGAAAGAUUGGAGUCGAUGUUUACCCCUUGCAAGUUGCCAAAUUGGUGAAAUCCGGAUCACUUCUAAUAAUCACAUCAUGUAACUUCACAGAGCAGGAGUUGACAAAAAUCAUUACUCAAGCAGGUGAAUUCAAGGUAUUCAAAAACGUGGAAUACCCCUCGUUUCAGUUUGGUGGCCAGAAGGGCUCAACCAUCUGUACCAUAGCAUUUGAAAAACUUUAG